GUCGAUGAAAUAUAGAAAGUAAUACCUAACUUUAGCAUUAUACAAGCUAAACGCCUAAAGCUAAAGCCUUUGUGUACAGGCCUCCCCAAGAAUCGACUAGGCCUUUUUCAGCGCAAAAAACGAAUCAGAUUCCCGCGCAUUGCAUAUCGACAUUAUUUCACCAGAUUUCGUCUCAAAACGUGUUCCAAUAACAAAAUAACAACAACAAAUAUAUGAAAACUUAAAUAUGCGUUCCGCUUUCAACGGCCACAUUGACGAAAUACCAUUUAUACUCGUCGAUAACUUCGAAAAUGAUCUGAACAAAAACGCCUAUUUCUUGAGCCAUUUUCAUGGCGAUCACGUUUUUGGGCUUGGUGAAGAUCGCUUAAGACAUAGACUAAAGAGAAACAAAGCGUUUAUUUACGCUUCUGAAGUGACUGUAGCGAUUAUAAAGAAAGAAUGUCCUUUGCUAUAUCCUUAUUUGAAAGUUUUAGAGUUGGGCCGAAACACAAUCACAAUAACAUACAACGAAAAAGAAAUAUUCCUAAACGUAAUCACACUGCCAGCCGGCCACUCUUUCGGCUCCACCAUGUUCCUAUUCCAACACGAAAACAAAAACAUUCUAUACACCGGAGACUUCAGAAUAACACGCAACAGCGUAGCCAAGUACACACAUUUACAUCACAACGGAGAACCGAUUGUCUUAGACGUGUUGUAUGUAGAUACGACGUUUCAGAACAUACCUACGUUCCCUAAAAGGUCUGAUGUGGUUCGUAAUGCGGCCGUUCAUAUCAAGAAUUGGUUGAAUCUGAGUAAAGAACAUCGAGUUGUGUUGUUGACGUCCGCUGGGUAUGGCUAUGAGGCUGUCUGUAAUGUUAUUUUUGAUGAGACGGGGAUGAAAACCUAUGUUGACGGUUUUCAUUGGGAUAUUUAUAGCCAAUUCCCAAAGGAAUUAUACGGGACCACAAACGACCCACAGUCCCCCAUAAGUCUUUGUACUAAAUACAGACAUACAAAAAACUCGGACCCUCUAGAACUUCAAGUUUACUUCUCUGCCCUAAAAUGGGGGGAUAAACAGAAUCUUCUAGAAGAAUACUUGACAGUUAAGCAGAAUAGAAUAGAAGUUUGCUUUUCAACCCACUGCGGGAGAGAUGAAUUGUUACACUUUAUAAACUAUUUUAAGCCAAAUAAAAUUUUUGGGUUUCCUAGUGAGUUUGAUAAGUUUAAUGUAGUAGAUUUUUUAAAUAAUGAUUUUGAUGAUGAAGUUGAAAGUGUAAAGAUUUUACCUAAAAAGAGAAGAGUUGAGAAAAGAGGUGAAAGAGUGGGGAAGAGAGUGAAAGAGAGCGUUUUAAAUGAUGUGUUCGAAUUUUGAUUUCAAUGGUUUUUCUUUCGUGAAUGAAUUAUUAUUUUUUGCAAGGAUUUUUUUCUUGUUUUUUUUUUUUAAGUUACACUUUUUUUUGACUGAAUAAAAUUCAUACUUAGAUUUUAAUGUGAAUUUAUGAAUGUACUGAAUAUUAUAGUGUUUUCACUUUAGCGGUAAGACUGUCCGAGUUUAAACGUUGUUAAAUGAAAAAU